CUCGGAAUUAUAACAACAGCACAAAUGGUUUUGACAUGUAACGUCCAUUAGAGUCAGAUAAGCUUAUGUACAAAUGCGUGUUCGCACCUAGGCUAUAUUAUAAUAAUGAACAGGUGUUGACGGAAGUGCAUAGGCUAGAGCUCUCGCGCUGUUACAAACAGGUUUACACGGAGAACUCAUGGUAGAGUAAGAUGCACACUCUGUGUUUUUCUCUCAAGUAGCUCUGAAUAUGUUAUAAAAGACUGUGUGUUGAUGGAGGACCUGGCUGUUUUGGACCUGUUGGAGUGUCCUCUGUGUCUGGAGCCCUUGGAGGAGUCUGCCAAGGUCUUACCGUGCCAGCACACCUUCUGUAUGCCAUGCCUCCAGCAGCACGAGGCAUCACACCCUCAUCAGAUGUGCUGUCCAGAGUGCAGAUCUGCUGUUCCAGGAUCAGUGCACGAGCUCCCGACCAACCCUUUACUGCUGAGACUCCUCCAGAGCCUCCAGGAGCGGGGUCCACUGUUCACACCGAGGGACAGAUCCGUCAGAUAUAUCAGCUCUGCAGUCCAGGAGGAGCUUUACAACAGCUACAUUCAAGAUCUGCCCAAAGCGGUGCAGUACACGCAGGGGGUGCAAGCUCAAGCGUUAUAUGAUUUCCAGGGUAAUGCACCUGGAGAGCUGACGAUGAAGUCCGGGGACAUGGUUUAUCUGCGCUGGAGAGUUGAUGAUAACUGGUAUUAUGGUGAAGGUAAAGAGAGCAGCGGUCUGGUUCCGGUCAAUGUGCUGCGGGUCAUUAGUGAGCAGCCACAGGCCCUGGCCCUCUGCAGAGCACUUUAUGACUUCAAUGCUAACAAUCUGGAUCCGGACAACAGCAAGGAAUGCUUAACCUUCUUCAAGGGAGACAGCAUUACUCUCAUCAAACAAGUGAAUGAAAACUGGGUUGAGGGGAAACUUGGAGAUAAAGUUGGGAUUUUUCCUUUGCAGCUCACAGAGCCGAAUCCGGCGGCGUACGAGCUUCUGGAAAAACGCAGGAGGAGGGACUCGGUGGAAUCGCACCCACGGAGCAGCGGCAGGGUCAACGCCGAUGCUUGCGUCCCCAGGCGGAUCGCUGGAGCGUCUCACAAGUCGUCCAGGCCUCCGAAUGUGAGUCUCCUGAACAGCCUGAACUAUCCUCCCCUCAGCCAGAGCCAGCAGCCGCCUCACAUCAGCUCCAGCGCACAGCCGUCCUCCGGGAAGACGCCACAACUCAUCACACUUAACAAGCCACGUCUGAGGAGCUCACGCAGAAACUUGCCUUCUAAGAGAGACAGAACAAUGAAUGGUGAGAGUCCCCCAGCCAUCACCAUGGCACUGAUUAACCCUCAAGCGUCCCCUUUGCCUUCAGAGAGCAAGAUGUCCAGCACCCAGCAGCUCUCCAUCAGUGUGUGUGCGGCGCUUUAUUCCUACACGCCUCAUCACUCUGAGGAGCUGGAGCUGAGGAAGGGGGAAAUGGUGGGGGUUUAUGGGAAAUUUAAAGAGGGCUGGCUGCGUGGACUGUCUCUCAGAACAGGCAAAGUAGGGAUCCUGCCGGCUAACUAUGUUACACCUGUGCUCAGAACAUCUGCAAGGUUUCUUGAACAAACCAAACCUGCCGUUCCUAAUACGAGCACAGUAUCAACAAAGCGGCACACCCCACACAAGCCGCAGGCUGUUGUCCUGGCCCUAGACAAAGUAAACGCAGACACUCCUUCAGCUACAAUGGCUGUGAUGUCAUCAUCUGGUCCUGGGAGAGCGCCGCAGCAGGGCGGAAAACAGGGAUGGAGCACAAUGAGACGCACCCACCACGCCACACACAGGGGCUUGCCUCAUCAUGGAAACUACAAUUCAAACUCUACCGUAAGCCUUCAGCCUCCACCUCAGGAUUUGGGGCAGAUCUAUACUUUCGGUCGUUCACCUGUUCUUCCCAAAAAGAGAAACGGUUUGUUCUCAAACCCCAUCAAGGUGCAGCACUGGGCGUAUGAGACGACGGCUCCCUCUGCUGGAGGAUAUCAAGCGGUCAGCAGGGACCCUGUCCAGAAAGAGGCCACCGCAGCACCUCAAUCCAUUCUGGUCAAACCAGACGCUCAUAAGCACAACACAGACAAGCAGGUAAAGUCAGUGCGGUUCCUGACUCAUGAUGCUCCUCAGACAUCCACCACAUCUUCAGGACAAAUCUAUAAUUCCCAACAUGGUCCUUCGGCUCUGGACCACUGGAACCCUUCAGCUAUCUUGGGUCGGGAUGGAAGUGCAUUAGUUCUUAAAGACCCCAAAACACCAGCACCCAGAAAGAGCGCAGCCCCGGAUCAUGCUUCUAUGGAGUGCCUCUCGCUAAAUAUGAAGCCGGUGCUGAUCAACAACCAGCCCGGGUCUAACAGAUAUCGAGUAAUGAGAGGUUACAACGCUAAAACGGAUGCAGAGCUCACGCUGACGGAAGGAGAAACAGUCGUCGUUCAGAGGCCUCGAGCGGACGGAAGGCUUUUCGUGACACAAGAGAUCAGUGGAAAAACUGGACUUUUUCACAGCAGCGUUCUGGAAAUCCUUGACAAAGUCCUUUGAGUGCGUCCAGAGCUCUACCGUUUGAGCCUGUUGGCUCAUUAAUCUAAUUUAAAAGCAAUAUCGUGUGUAUACUUAUCUGUGACAAAUCACGUCAUGUUUCAUGCACAAAAGCUUGUAGGUUUUCACUUCAUCGUUCUGACAGAUAAACGUGCCUUUUUGUAUGUUGAACACAGUUUGCACUUUUAUAGAUGCAUGGGGGGAGAGGUCGGGAAGUUUGUUAAUUCUGUAGGAAACUAAUGAUUAUCUGUGACUGUUGGAUAAAGGGAAGCCUAAUGAUGAUGCACUUACUUGACGCACACAAUCCUGUUGUUUCAGUACAGUAAUGGUGGAUUUGUUUUGUUGUAUAAAACGUCAUAGCAUCUAUAUCCUGACGAUGCAAUUCUUUAACGUUCCUGUUCUCAGUCCCUUUUUUGGGGGGAAUUUUGGGAAGAUGGUUAAACAAAUAAUAAUAAACAAAAAAGACCUGA